AUGCAUACUUUAUUUUGGACGGUACUUAUUCUACUUCAUAGUCGUAAUUUGACAAUGUUCACAUCAAACCAUUUACCGAUUAACAAUAUUGAUGAAGAAACUAGAAUAUCAUCACAAGCAAUCUGUUUUCAUGCAGCUACAAUACUUUUGCAUUGGCUUGAUGUAUUGAUGAAUUCUGUAUCAGAUUUUUUUGAACAAUCAUGUACAGCAUUAUUUUCAAUAGCACCAGCUAUCAGAGUUUUAUCAUGGACAGCACAAAAAGGGGACGAAAAGGCUGCAAGUAUGGUGCAACGACUAAAAGAAAUCAAAAACCAAGUUAGGGAAAUUGCUAGGAGAAGGUUUGGUGGUGAGGGUAGAUUGGAUGGCGAGAUGACAUUGAAAAAUUUGUUGAUUAGUGCAAAAGAAGAGGAAACUAAAAAUGCACAACAGAUUAAAUCAGAAAAUGGCUUUACAUUGUUUGAAUUUGAUGAGCACGAUAAUUAUUUUUCUCAUACAACAACUAAUAACAAUGGCAAUAAAGGAAGAAAACAUAAACAUACAAUUUUUCAUUAUUUAAAAAUGAGCAUGCCACCACCCGAUACUAUACCUAACAACACCACCACCAACUUAUUUUCGACCAAUGACAUGUUGGCAAGACGAAUCAAACCAAUAGAAACCUGUGACAACUGUAAGAAUCGUAAAGUAAAAUGUAACAAAGAAAAACCAAUUUGUGGGACUUGCAAUAAGACUAAACGUGUCUGUACUUAUAACUUUUCAGCAUCAUCGAAACGACCUCGUCCAAAAAGUGAACUUGAAAUUCUACAAGAACAAAAUGUUGCAUUACAAGUUGAAAAUGAUUAUUUAGCUGGAAAUGGAGUUCUUGACUGGAGUGGGUUUUAUCCUCCUUUGGAUGUAGAAUCUAUCCAAUUUCUACCAAGUUUAAAUCAAAAUCUUUCUGAAGAAACAUUACAAUUCACUUCCCAAUUCGCUGCUUCUAUUCAAAAAGAUGAACAGGGUAUUCCAAUAAAUGAUUCAGAUAACUAUAAUAACACCAAAUUUGGUCACGCAGAUCAAACAUCUAUAGAAGAACUUACCAAUCAAUUGAAAAGUAGUUUGAAAAUAUAUGAGUCAACUAGAUAUGUUGGUACAGGGUCAUUGUUGAUGUUGAAUGAGACGGGGGAAGAACAAAUGAUUCCGCAACCACAAGAUGAUUUAUCUGUUAUUGAACCAUAUUUAAAAAUUAUGCCUAAUCCUAAAACAGCAGAAAGUUUGAUUGAUGUUUAUUAUCAGAAAAUAUAUAGACAUUAUCCUCACCUAAAGAGAAAAGUUGUACUUGACUGUUUCAAAGAUUUAUCAACACCACAACAAUUUCUUUUACUCAAUAGUGUUUUCUUUGCUGCAUCUCCAUUUCAUCCUGAUCCAAAUUUACGAGAUGGUGGGAUACAUUAUCAGGUUUUUAUUAAUUAG